AUGGAUCACAGAAAUAGCACCCCGCGGGCGCGCCCGUCGCUCAAGUUCGCAAACCGUAGCUACCAAGCUUCGCCUUUGAACCCCAACAAGCGACUCGGCACUCCCCAGACUGCUCCUCAUAAGGUUUUGAAUCGCGACCCCUUGCCUUCGAGCAACCUCAACACGAGCACAAUCUCUACCGCUCAUAACCUUUUCCGCUCAUCCUCCAUUGCCGCCAGUCCGGCCGCUACCUCCUUCACCCCGAGCCUGCCCGCGAGCACCAUGAAAAAGGUUUUCGCGCCUGGCGCAACACCGGCUUCGCAAAAAGUCUACCGCGAGAACAUUGCGCAGGCCACCCCUCGAGGCCUUUCUUCCAAAUCGAACUCCACCGACCUGUUCCAGAUGCGCAUUCCCUCUCCUCCUCCUGAGCUUUCGGGCGAAGCUCUCGCGCGAGACAUCCCUCCAGAGCUUGAAGCGAAGGGUACUGUAUACGCUGACCAGUACCUCGGCCAUCUCGUCCCCGCCGAAUACGAUGACCUUCAGCGACGUCAGCUCUUUUGCGUUCUGGACCUCCGCCGUCUCAAAUACGCUGCUAACGAAAUUUUCGCCAAGAAGGAUUGGAAGCUCAACAUUAUGAACUUCGCAAAGGAGUUUGAAAAGAGCCGGAGCUUGAUCAUGCUCAGAUACGGCUUGUACGAAUUCAAGAACGUUAAGCCUUCAGACGAGGUUCUGAAGAAGUGGAGGGCCGCCCAUGGUCUCCCCGAGCCCGAGGAGGAAACUGCCGAUGCCAGCCCCUCAAGGCAAACUACUCGCUCUAAGCGUAAGGCUGAAGAGCAGCUCACUCCGAAGGACACAGCCCUUUCCACCGCAUCCCCCAACAAGAACAACAAAAGACGUGCCUUCGACCGAGAGGAUGAAGAGCCUGCUGCCACACCGGCUGCUAAGAACAAGAGAAAGGCAACCGUGGCUGAUGAGUCGGACGAAAACCAGCCAUCCAAGCUUCAAAAGCCAACAUCAACUCCUUCGAGCACCAAGAGCAUGUUUGAGCGCAUCGCCAACAACCAAGGCCCCGCCUCGACUCCUAAAGCCGCACCCAAGGCUCAAGAGGCCAAGCCUAACCCGUUUGCCGCUGCAUCGCAGGCCGCCAAUGGCGGGCCGGCGAAGUCCGUGUUUGAAAGUCUCAAGCCGCCUCAAGGAGGCAACAUCUUUGGCUACCUCUCGGACAAUAGUUCUGCGAAGAACAGCGGUGUGGAGGCUGACGGCGAAAGUGAGACCGAUUCCGAGGAGGAGGCAGAGCCCAGCGUUGCCGCUAGUGGUGGCGCCGAGACGCCGUUAGCUCAACCUGCCUCUAACCUCUUUGCUGCUAAGAAGCCACUCUUCUCCAGCGGCGUUACUACCGGCCCUUCCAGCGUCUCGUCCGCCGAUGCUAGAGAGACCACACCUAAGAGCCUCUUCGACCGCGUCACCAAGGGAAAUGACGGCCAGCCUCUCCGCUCCGACUCUGCCGAGCCGGCACCUGCUGCCGUCAAUCCGUCAUCCACUUCGGACAAGGAGUCUGCACCGGCUCCCGUCAAUGCCACCUGGAACCCAAAUACACCCAUCAAGUUCAACGCCGCCGCCCCUGCCCCCGCUAGCAACAAUCUUUUUGGAGCUUCCACCAACAGUGGCUCGAGCUCCUUGUUCGGUGCUAAGCCCGCCGCACCUGCAUCCAAUCUGUUUGGCGCCCCCAAGCAGGACAAACCGGCCGAGGACCAAUCCAAGCCCGCGAAGCGCUCCGCUCCUGAUACGGAUGCUGAAUCCGACAAGGAGAACAGCUCGAAGCCCCCUGCUAAAUCUCCCUUCGCUGGAUUUUCCGCUGGAUUCCAGCCAAAGGCUUCUGAAGAGCCCAAGAAAGACGAGUCUGCGCCUAAGCCGGCUGCCCCAACCUUCGCGUUUGGUGCCUCCGCUCCUAAGACCGAUGAUGCCAAGGCUUCGACCACUCCUUCCAGCCUAUUCGGCAACCAGGACAAGCCUGCCGUUAUGCAGUCAUCGACUCUCUUCGGCGGGAACAAGCCCCAAGAAGCGUCGACGACUCCCGUCGCUGAGCCAGCCAAGCCACUUUUCGGCGCCAGCACUUCGGGAACUGCCAGUCCCUUCCAGUCCACUUCGCUCUUCGGCAACAAUGCGCCUGCGUCAGGCACCUCGAACCUUUUCGGCGCAAAGCCUGCCGAGGCUGCUGCCCCCAAGGCUCCAGAGCCCGCUCCCGCCGCCUCUGCGGCACCCAUGUUCAGCUUCGGAGGCAAUAAACCAGCGGAACCCAACCCUCUCUUUGGCGCCCAGAAGUCGGAUGCUGCCAACCCUCCCUUCGGUGGUAGUCCUAUGAAGCAGGACGGUCCCCCGGCCAAGAAGCAAUUCAACGCGCCGGCUCCCUCCACCUCCUCCUUCACUUUUGGAGCAUCCCAGAGCGCAGCCCCUUCCAACCCGUUCGGAGGCUCGUCUGCACCUCAAACCAAUGGUGGCGCCAGCGGCCCCCCGAGCUUCGGCUCUGGAGGCGGAUCGUCCUUCACCUUUAGUGCAGGUGGUGGCCAGUCGUUCAAUAACCCUUUUGCGUCCAAUGGUGAAACAUCCAGCUCUGCGCCUCCAUCAUUCAAUUUUGGCGGCGGAUCUUCUGCGCCAUCUGGCGGAUCUACAUCCUUCCAGUUUGGAGGCGGUGGUUCGUCGUCCAGUGCUCAGCCAAGCAGCUCUCCCUUCCAGUUCGGAGGCGCCCCUGCUGCUCCUGCUGCUCCUGCUGCUCCUGCUGCUUCGGCUCCCACCUUUAACUUCGGUGCAUCCAACGCCACGAGCAGCACUGCUCCCCCUGCCGGCCAAAAGCCGCUUUUUGGAGCAUCUACCCCAUCGGCCACAAGCAACAUGUUUGGCGCCAAGCCCGCGCAGCCCUCUGGUAUGUUUGGUGGUUUGCAACCUCCGGCCGGUGCUUCGACCACCGGAACCAACUCACCCUUCAACUUUGGCGGUGCCUCUAGCCUAGCAACGACACCCGCAACUGGAACCCCUGAACCUACAGCAGAGCCUGAGAAGGCGGCCGCAGCCAAUGGCGGCGAGGGCGAUGACACCGAGGGCAAGCCCCAUGAGCAGAUCAAGCUGACUGAGGGCGGCCCCGGCGAGGAAGAUGAGACCGUUGUACAUGAGGUGCGGGCCAAGGUUAUGAAAUUUGUCCCGCCUGGAACUGAGGACGACAGUGGCGAUGACCAGCCCAAAAACAAAAGCCCCUGGUCUACCAAGGGUAUCGGUCCGUUCCGUCUGCUCAAGCACAAGACCACGGGUGCCGUUCGUAUGCUUCUGCGUGCUGAACCUCGUGGCCAUGUUGUUUUGAACAGGACUGUCCUUCCGGGCAAGGACUACAAGUCUGACAAGAAGUAUGUCAAGUUGACAACUUCGAAUGAGACAGGCAGCGGCUUCGAGACCUGGAUGGUGCAGGUCAAGACGGAAGAUUUGGCCAAGGCUCUCGCUGGCGCUCUGGAGUCUAACAAGUCUGCCAACGCCAAAUGA